AUGUCCGCAGAAAUUCCGGAAGACCAUCAACGACAACAGGAGGAGCUGAAACCUAAUGCCGAAGUUAUUGAAGAGUUAGACAACUAUGAUAAAGCCAAAAAAUCGGCCGUUCAAAACGAAGAGAAGGUUGACCGAAAGAAGAGCAAAGUCGCCAUCGCCCUUUUGAGUAACGUCUAUUCUAUCUACGAGGACGACCAACACCGAUCUCCGCCGAGGACACAAAUUGUCUGCAGCCAACACAACAACUUCGAGGACUUCCAAUCCCUGGAGAAGUCUGACAAAUUCAAGGGAGCCGCAGCGGAUGCGAGCAUUAUAAUGACAGAAAUUGAAGAAGAUCGGAAGCCCUCAGAUAAGCUUCGAAAAAAACAACAAGCGAGGAAAACACCUAGUGAUAAAUCAGAUGAAACGAGUGAACAAAAGGAUUCGUGCAAUAUGAGUAGAACAGACGACCAACAUUCAUUGCCUGCUCCUGCAAAGGGUUCGAAAAAACAGCAAAAGUCAACUAAGAUGAGUGACAGCCGAGGGAAGAAACAGACGAAGAGUCCGAAUGCAUCCUCGCAAAAACUUCUGAAGACUGCUUACUCCAUACCCGAAGUGAUGGAAUCUCCACCGAAAACACACCUGAAAGUUGUUGAAGUGCAUGUGGAAGCGGGCAGACCUUUAGAUCUCGUUCUAUCGACCAAUCUGGUGAUACGAACAGUUAGCAAAUAUUCUAUUGCAUUUCACAGUGUACUCGUGGGAGACCAGAUUCUAGAAAUAAACGAUAUAGCUCCUAUGAGUGUACCGGAGUUUCUGUCAAUUAUGCACGCAGAACAGUCAGAGCUAAAGCUUUCAUUACUUCGAGCUUGGAACGUUUAUCCUGCGACGGAAGCAAGAAUGGCUGGAGUUAAGAAACAAGAUAAUUACUCUUACUUCAUUGUUGAAGUCUAUCGCAUUAAAAAUUUUCGAAAUGGAUUCGAUGUGAAAUUCAUUAAUAAGCAGUGUCAUGUAACUAAGGUCGAGACCAACAGUCGAGGAGCUCACGCGUUUCUGAAAGGAGACAGAUUGCUCGACGUUGAUUCAAUCCCGAUAACAGCUACAACGGAUUUGAAAUUUGUACGGAGGCAAUUCAACAGGACUAUGGCAAAGGAAAAGAAGUGUACUUUCCUCGUUGAGCGACUUAAUAGUUUGCGUAGCAGCCCCAAUCCAAGCUGUUUCGCGUUGCAACGCGAUGCGAGUGAAGUGGAGAUGGGUGACGAUGCAACCGAGAUUGGGUGCCGUGAGGCUAUGCGUCAUCAACUUCUUCACAGAAAAUAUAAAACUACUUCAAUAUACGGUCCAAUCUCAAAAACUGAUGAGAGGAAAGAAAAGACCGAAGCAACUCUAUGCACUACAGAAGACGACGAAGGCGUAAGACACACAAAACGAACGAAAAGGCGAAUGAGAAAAGCAUCUAUGAAUAACAAGAAAAUUACGAUCGAUACAAAAACUGAGACGCUGCGAAUGCCAUCGGAUGUAAAGGAUGAAUCCUCGUUGCAAAAGGUUACUCCGCAUAGUGGGCUGAUUAGCUUCGAAGCGGAAGUGUCACGUCCCAAAAUGCAAUUGUUAUGCGUCUUGAUCUUCCUGUAUUUCUCAAAAGUGUCAAAUUCUGCAACCAUGAUUUAUCGAGUUAAGGUUCGUGAACGGGUUUCCCUGGAUUUGGGUCCCAAUAUUGUGACAUGGGGACGCACAAGGAACAAAGGGAACGAAUUCAUAAAGCACUGCAGUGCUUUCGAAAAAAACGUCCGAUGUGCACAAUUUGUUGAUGAGAAGAAUGUGCCUGUGCUUCCUGCAACCGAAGCCCAUGUUAACGAGAACGGUACCCUCGACAUAGGUUCAUUUCGAGCUACAGACGUCGGUGAAUACUUUUCUCCCGAUGAACUUGAAAGGGUUCACUUCAACAAAGAUGGUACCUUUUGGGCAUUACCUCGCUCUCGUAUUUCAGUCGUGCUGGAAUAA